GUCCGCCAGCUGCUGCUGCUGCUGCUGUUUGUCCAGAGGGAUCUUGUCGCGCACGUCGGGAAGUACCCGAAGAGAGAGAGUACCCGUCUGUCUGUGUACUUAGAUCUUACUGAAAAAUCAAAACAAUAACGGCGUCGUUACAUUUACGACAUUUUUGAGUAAUACAUUUUUUUUUUUCAAAUUCAACGAAUUAACGCGGUCCGUCGAUCCGGCACUACCUCGUUUACUACGCCUAACCGAUCGGUUGAUAAAUUCCCGGCCACCACUCUCGCUCUCUGAAUUCAAUCCGUUCGGUCACCACCUGCGCCGACGAAAUGGCAGAAAAAAAUAUCACCAACAAGAGUCCGUCCAACUCGAUUUUCGACGGUUUCAAAAACAACGCCAUGUCCAAGCUGGGCGUCACGAAACUGCUGUCGCAGAGUUUCUCGCCGCCGUUUGGAGGCUCGUCCAAGCCGGGGCACGCGGCCAGCGCUGACGACGUUUCGGCCUCGGGCAGUCAUCUCGGCGCCUCGUCCACCGCCAGCGCCACGGACCAUUUGCUCCACAAGGACAUAGCCGCCGUCGCCCAGGGCGGUUGGAACGUGACCAAGUCCCUGAUGAACGUCAAGUCCGAUGACGACCACGUGAGUUUCACUCGCACGUGCACACGAGUACCGGGCUGGAAAAAGCACGACCGCUGUUCGUCCAUGACUGAACUGAGCAAAGAGCCGCCGGCCAUUCCAUCCGAAAAGGUCGGUCAGAUCAACUUUGGCCUUGAAUACGACUACCAGCAGAACACUUUGAUCUUGCGCAUAAUCGCGGCCAAAGACUUGCCGGCCAUGGACUUGAGCGGUACAUCCGACCCUUAUGUCAGGGUAACGCUUUUGCCGGACAAAAAGCACCGUUUGGACACUAAAGUGAAACGCCGCACUCUGAACCCGCGCUGGAACGAAACCCUCUACUUUCAGGGUUUCACAAUGCAAAAGCUACACAACAGGACACUCCAUUUGCACGUUUUCGACUACGACCGCUUCUCCAGAGACGACUCCAUCGGCGAGACUUACAUCGAACUGAACAACGUGGAUUUUACGGCCAAACCGGUGUUCUGGAAAGACUUGACAGCACCGCUGAAGGACAAAUGCGGCCAUUUGCUGACAUCCUUGUCGUACAAUCCGAUGACCAACAACUUGACACUGGGCAUCAUCGAAGCCAGAAACCUGAAGGCCAUGGACAUUAACGGAAAAUCUGACCCGUACGUUAAGGUUUGGUUGCACAUUGGCGACAAGAAAGUGGAGAAGCGCAAGAGCAUUGUGUACAAGUGCAACUUGAACCCGGUGUUCGAUGAGAAAUUCGAGUACACACUGCCGGUGGAGCAACUCAGGGAGGCGGCUUUGGAAGUGAUGGUCAUGGAUUUCGACAACAUUGGACGUAACGAGCUCAUUGGCAAAAUCACGAUAUCAUCCAACAAAAACGCCACAGGACAGUUGGAAGCUCAACACUGGAAAGACAUGUUGAGCAAACCGAAGCAGAACGUCGAAUACUGGCACCGGUUGAAACCAGAAUAAUUUUGCUCGUGGUUUUUAAAAAAAAAAAUUCAUUUAAAAAAAAAAAAUAUAUAUAUACACACAGAAAAAACCUAAAACAUUAACUACAUUAUUAUUAAAACUAUAUAU